UUAUUGUUCAAAUCAUCGAGGAUCCGGUGAGUUCCGUUUGGUCUUUGUUCAAUUUUUUUAUUUUAAAUCAAACGCAUUGGUUAUUGAUUUCGUCGUUUGUGUUAGUUUUUACUCAUCUAUUACGUUGCUUCUUACACGGUAGUACAUGCUUCAUUGACGACACACGUUUAACUUGUGAACGAUGGCGGUGUCUCUAACAGAUAUCGCUCAGGGACAUGGUCUCUUCUCUGAGUAGUUCAGCCAUUCAGUGCAAACAUUUUUCUUUCUUUCUUUCCUUUAUUUAAAGCUUUUUGCCGAUAACACGGUCAAAAUGCUGCUCCUUUGUAGCAGUGAAGGGGGAGUGGAGCAAUCUGAUUCUUCCGAACUCAGCUCCUCCCAUCGCUGCGGCUGCGCACUUGAAUUUUUUCACAUUUUUUCCCCUCUUCGCCUUUUCACUCCUCCUCUGGCUUCCGGACGCUUAGACAGACCGCUGCCGCCGAAUUUAAAGAGACAGACAGUAGUUAUUUAAAAAAAAACGACAAACGACGACCAUUGUUUCUUUUGCUCGUUUUCUGACACUUAUCUCCUGCGCUUGUUUUUUUUCUUUCUUUUCUUUCUUCGGCGAUGUUGAAUCAAAGUCGCAGCGAGUAGCAGCGUGGCUCUGUCAUCAGCCUUCACUCCGUCCUUCUCAGCUCUCACAGCCGACACUGUCCAGCCAGCCAGGCGAAGUAAGGCUGCAGGCAGGCAGGCUGGCUGGCUGCUCGGCUGGCUGCUCGGCUCCUCGACCCAGAGGAAGGCUUUUUGGUUUCAGCCCACAAACUAACUGGAGGUAACGCCGAAGCCCCCCCCCCCUCAAGUUGUGGCCGCGGCUCUCGAGCCUCCUGUCGCCGGGAUAAUGGCGAAGAUUCAGGCGCACAGCACUGCGAAGCAAAUCAACCAAAUUCAAGACAAGCCUUACGUGAUAACACAAAAGCAAGUGCAGCAGCAGCACUUCCAGAAGCUGAAGGUUGAAGAUGCCUUAUCGUAUCUGGACCAAGUGAAGAUUCGAUUUGCCAAUGACCCUGGCAUAUACAACAAGUUUCUUGACAUCAUGAAAGAGUUUAAGUCACAAAGCAUUGACACUCCAGGGGUGAUUAACCGAGUGUCGCAGCUCUUCCACGGACACCCAGAUUUAGUUUUGGGCUUCAAUGCUUUCCUUCCACCAGGGUAUCGGAUAGAGGUCCCCAAGAAUGGAAUAGCCUUCCUGCAAUCUCCAUUCUCUGUACAGGUAUCUCCAGGCCAGCAGGGGAAGAGUCUCACCACCCCUGCAGGGCCCACACCCUCAGGUAGUACCUCUGCCUCCCAAAUUGAUGCUGGCCUCGUUCGUCCCACUGAAGUCAAGGUUGCCCCGUCGGAGCCCCUGCCUCCCUCGGCCUCAGCCUCAGCGUCGGCCUCGGCCUCAGCAUCGGCCUCGGCCUCAGCAGGACCACCAGAGCCUCCCAGUAGACUUUCUCUUCCUCUGACGAGCAAAGAGGGUCAGAAUCAGGCCACCACCUCCUCUGUGUCUCCGCCGGCUUCAGAAACGAGCCCAGUAGAGUUCGACAGUGCCAUCAGCUAUGUUAACAAAAUCAAGAAUCGUUUUCUGGACCACCCAGAGAUCUACAGAGCCUUUCUAGAAAUUCUUCAUACGUAUCAGAAGGAGCAGCUGGAGGUGAAGGAGAGUCGGGGCAGCCGAGGCAGCAGCGGGAUGACGGAAGACGAGGUGUUCUCCAAAGUGGCCAGCCUCUUUAAGGGACAGGAAGAUCUUCUAGCAGAGUUUGGACAAUUUCUGCCCGAUGCCAAACGAUCACUGUUCACAGGGAGCUCAUUGACAGGAGGGAAGGAGCAGCUGAAGAGACCGGAGGAAGAGGACACGAUAACCAAACAGAACAAAAAGAGGCCCAGACCCAUCCUGCUGCAGCACAUGUCACCAUUACUGAAGAAAAAAAUGAAGUAUUCCUGCACCAAAGAUCAGUCUUUUGCGUCAGUGGGAAAACAUGGCGUUUUAAGAGAGUUCUCCUUUUUUGAUAAGGUCCGGCGUCUGUUUAAAAGCCAGGAAGUAUACGAAAACUUCCUGCGCUGCAUCGCCUUGUUUAACCAGGAAGUUGUAUCUGGAGCAGAGUUGCUACAACUUGUUACUCCUUUUCUGGGGAAGUUUCCUGAACUGUACACUCAGUUCAAGUCCUUUCUGGGGGACAAAGAGCUCUCUCAUGCUGUGUCAGGGCUGUCGGAUCGCUACAUGGAGGGGGGAGGCGGGAGGGAGGUGGAUUACGCCUCCUGCAAACGCCUGGGAUCCAGCUACAGAGCACUUCCCAAAACAUACCAGCAGCCGAAGUGCAGCGGACGCACAGCCUUAUGCAAGGAGGUGCUGAACGACACCUGGGUGUCAUUCCCCUCCUGGUCAGAAGACUCCACAUUUGUCAGCUCAAAGAAGACUCCGUAUGAGGAGCAGCUUCAUCGCUGUGAAGAUGAAAGAUUUGAGUUGGACGUGGUUCUGGAAACAAACUUGGCCACGAUCAGAGUGCUCGAGAGCGUCCAGAAGAAGCUGUCGCGCCUCUCGCCAGAGGAUCAAGAGAGAUUCAGAUUGGACGACUGUCUGGGCGGCACCUCUGAGGUCAUCCAGCGUCGUGCUGUGUACCGAAUCUAUGGAGACAAAGCCCCUGAGAUUAUUGAGGGCCUGAAGAGGAGUCCAGCCACGGCUGUGCCGGUGGUGCUCAAAAGAUUGAAGGCCAAGGAGGAGGAGUGGAGAGAGGCUCAACAAGGGUUUAAUAAAAUAUGGAGGGAGCAGUACGAGAAGGCGUACCUGAAGUCUCUGGACCACCAGGGAGUCAACUUCAAACAGAACGACAUGAAAGCCCUGCGGUCCAAGAGUCUCCUCAACGAGAUUGAGAGCGUUUAUGAUGAGCGGCAGGAACAGAGCACAGAAGAAGGUGGCGUCGGGCAUCAAGGACGCAACGGCUCUGGUUCGGCCUCACCCAGCGAGCCUCACAUGGUGUUUACCUACGAGGACAAACAGAUCCUGGAGGACGCGGCAUCACUCAUCAUUUACCACGUCAAACGUCAGCCCACCAUCCACAAAGACGACAAGGACCACAUCAAGCGCAUCAUCCAGCACUUUGUCCCCGACUUGUUCUUUUCGCGCCGCGGCGAACUCAGUGAUACUGAAGAAUGGACGGAUGAGGAGGCAGAGCCCGAGGAGGGAGGAGACAAAGGAGGUAAAGCUGGAGCAGCCACAGGAGGAGGGAAUGGAAAUUCUGAUAAUGCCUCAGGAGCAGCAGCAGCAGCUCCCCCUGGUGGCCAUCCUCAACCACCUGACCAAUCCAUAACCCAGACCCAGCCCCAGCAGCAUGUCAACGGUGAAUCUAGGAGGAGACGCUACAGCCCAUCGCAACCUGCAGAGAUGGAGGCCCUCAGCACCUCCAGCACGGCGAGUCUGCCCGCAGGAUCCUCCACAUCCGGCUCAGGAUCCACUCCCAUGGAGACGGGGCCGGGAGGAGCUGCAGAGAAAGUAGACCUGCGCGACCCUGAGGCGGAGCAUCAGAAGGAGCUGGAUGGCGUCUACAACCUGUUCUUUGUCAACAACAACUGGUAUUUCUUCUUGCGGCUGCACCAGACGCUGUGUUCGCGGCUGCUGAAGGUUUACCGACAGGCAGAGCGGCAGCUGCUGGAACACCGAGCCGAGCAGAGCAGAGAGCGCCUACUAAUGGCUGAGGGACGGAGGGAAAAGGCCUGCGACCUCGCCAUGGAGCUCCGCCUCAAACAGCCCAGUGAGGUGGAGUUAGAGGAGUAUUACCCAGCCUUCCUGGACAUGGUUCGCAGUUUACUGGAUGGUAACCUGGAUUCCACACAGUAUGAAGACACACUGAGAGAGAUGUUCACCAUCCACGCCUACAUCGGCUUCACCAUCGACAAGGUCAUCCACAACAUAAUUCGGCAGCUGCAGCACCUCGUGAGCGAUGAGGUCUGUCUGCAGGUAGUUGAUGUUUACCUCGCAGAGAGGAAGCGAGGAGCAGCGGGAGGGAACCUUUCCUCACAGUGCGUCAGAGCUGCCUGGGAAACGAGCUACCAGUGGAAGGCUGAGAGGGUGAUGUCUGAGGAGAACUGCUUUAAGGUGAUGUUCAUCCAGAACAAAGGUGAGGUGACGCUGACCAUCGAGCUGCUGGACACGGAGGAGGCUCAGGCCGAUGAUCCUUUAGACGUCCAGUGCCUGUCCAGCUACAUGGAGCAGUUUGUCGGAACAGAGUCCAGUCUGUGCUCACAGGCUGAAGGCUACUUCUUCAAACCCGUGUUUCUGCCCAGGAACCUGCGACGUUUCCGCCGCUGGCAGGUUCGGCAGGUGGAGGCGAUGCGCUGCAGGAGGGAGUGGCACCGCAAGCUGGGCGUGGAAAACGCUGGCAGUUUGGACUGUCGCUUUAAACUCAACACCCACAAGAUGGUGUUUGUCAUGAACUCUGAGGAUUACAUGUACAGACGAGGAGCACUGGUCAAAGCCAGGAAGUCACAGCACAAAGUGGCGGCGAAUCAGCACGAACGCUUCGACAAGUGGCACCAGGACUGGCUGUCCAAUCAUGUCACAGCUACAGCUGAGCGCUCGGUGCAGAACUGGCUGUUGGGCGAGGAGGAGGAGGACAUGAUCCCCUGCAAGACCACCUGCCUGUCCACUGAGGUCAAAGGGCAGGCGGUCAACAGAUACCAGGUUCAUUACAGCGGUAGCAAAGCGCCAGCCUCGCCGUGAGGCCUGCAUAGAGACGGACAUGCAUUACACACACACAGGUGCAUGGACUGACUGGACGUUCACACACCAGACAACAACAACAACAACAACAACGACAGCUGCAGUUACACUCCUCGUCCCUUCCUCACAACAUGUCGCUCACUUAUUUUUACUUGUGGACAAAGAAACUGGCAGAAAAAAACAAACUCAGCAGGUCACUGGACGAGUGCUCGGAGAGUGUGAUGACGAUGGCGGAGAAGUUCGGACCAAGACGGACAGUGCAGGUGACCAGACGCUGACCCUGGUCCACAGGGACGAGCUGGACACGACAGCACAAACGGGUCGCCCUCCUCGUUACUCCGACUCCUCCGGUGGCACACGACAACAGGGACAGUUGUCGAGACUGACGGUCGGAGCUACCUAAUCAGGUGAGGAACGGUGAGACGCUGAAAAUGGUUUCAGAAAUGUGAAUGUCUGUUUAUCUUUUCUUUUUCUUUUUUUUUUUCUUUUUUUUCUCAAGUCAAGUGUAGUUUUUAGCUUCUAAACCCAGAGAGCCUUCUGCUUGUUGUUUGGUUAACGCGUGUUUAUAUGGAAAGACAAAGGUUAAAUGUGUGUAUGUGUGUGUAUCCUGCUCCUUUUCCCCUCUGUCCGUCUGUCUGGCCAGAUUAUUGCAUCCUUAACUGUACGUGCAUUUAUACAACAGGGAUCAUGUGUUUCCACAUAUGCAUCUGCUCCAGUCCAUGAACUCAUCUGAAGAUGAAGUGGUUCUUUAAUGCCAACUCCUGGUGUUUGUAGUUUCUUUCUUAUUUCGUAUCUUUCGUCUCUGUUUUUUUUUUUUUGUUUGUUUGUUUUUUUUUUUUGUGUUGUAGCGAAACAAGUUAUCACAGGGGGAAACCAGGAGUUCUUCAUUUGUAAUUGGUUUAAUAAUAAUGAAGCAGUCAAUAUAUGUAUCAUGUUCAUGAUUUCACCAAAAUGUUUACUUUGAAUCGUAUUUUUUUUUUCAUACUGACAUUGAAAAUAAAAACAGAAUAUCAGUGUUAAAAUAGAAUGUAUAACAUUUAUCCUGUAUCAGUUAUCAUAAAAUAAACAACACAGUUGUGACCUUCGUA